AUGUGCAUCUCGGGAGAUUCCCACGACGAAUGUCGCCCAUUAACAACACCGCAAUACCCUAAAUUCCCGGCGAACUACGCGAACGAUCUUCCCUAUGGCAUCACUCUAGCAAAUCUCGAAAAGGAAUGUCGCUGUCUAGAUCGUAUCUACGAAUACGCAUGGGUUACCCACAUGGAUAAUUCCAAUAGACUCAAUGCAUACGGAGCCCACAACUCUUUUCCCGCAUCACAGUACUACGUUGAUCAAAUCUUCGUUCUUCCAACCGGCAUCCAAAAUCCUGCACGGAUAGCAGGCUCGUCUCAGAAGUUGAGGAAGAAGACACACUCCAGCACAUGCUUGCAACUAUCCUUCACGAGCAACUCCAUCAGCUCCUGGCCUAUUAUUGCUGUCGCGGUAGUUUUAAGAAGGCUAACAAAGACCAUGUUUGGCCCGUGCUUGGAGAAGCUCGCGAAGAGUCUACAGAUGACGAAGACCAAUUGUUACUUUGCAAUCACCUGUCUGCCCGCACGAUCGAUUUUUUGA